AAUACGAUCAAAAGUGAAAAUUCAAAAUGGCUGCCUCCCCGUUUCCGUUACUGAAACGUAGAUAUUUUCUUCCUUCGAAGAAGCUAUUUUAAACUACUUUUCAAUAGUCAAGCUUUGUCAAUCGACUCAUAAUUAAAUCAACGUUUGCCCUGUCUUUAUUCCUGCAGACACCCCAGCAGGAGCGUGAAAUUCGCCGGUUGCAUGCCAUGCACCCAUAACACUUUUUUCCAUUUUCUCCGCUAGUUCUUGGCCAUUCUUUGACCCUUGCAUAUUCGAUCAGUCAUGGCCUCGCACUGUGCCAAAUGCUCACAAGGUUUCUUUAAAAAGAGAAAGAUAGAGGAAAUGCACUCGUUGAAUAAAGACCAGAACUAAAAUUGACGUCAGGAACAUGCAACUCAACCUUGCACUAAUAUUAGUGCAGAAUUAAAUAACUCAAAAUUGGUGGGGAAGAAUUCGGAUAGAUUGCCACAUCAGGACUUAAAUGCCUUGAAGAACAGCUGCAGUCCUCAAAAAAGGCCAAAAUGAGAGAGGACAUGAUGGAUGAGGUAGCUGUAACGUCCGCCAGCGAAUUCGACUUGGCCAAUAUCCAUGAGGAAGAGUUCGAAUUGCAUACCACCUACAUCGUUCCGGAUCUUCCGGUUGAGCCCGGAACGCCGAACCGGGCGGAAGCUACCCUUCCCCGCAACCUAGUGCUGAAGACAUCGCAGGCAAUGUCUGAUGCUCAGGGCGUUUGGAGUACGGGGUACAUCCCACGAGGGACGCGCUUUGGGCCUCUCGUGGGAGAAAUCUAUGCCAAAGAUGCGGUACCAAGCUCGGCGAACCGGAAGUACUUUUGGAGGGUUCAGAUGAGAGAGGGCUUUUAUAGAAACAGUUCUAACGACAGCAAGAUAUACAAAGAUAACGAAUUAUAUUAUUAUAUUGAUGGAUUUGAUACAUCUAAAGCUAACUGGAUGCGAUACGUGAAUCCUGCUUAUUCCAGCGAAUCGCAAAAUUUAAUCGCCUGUCAAUACAAAAUGAAUAUCUAUUUUUACACUAUCAAACCAAUUCUUCCCAAUCAGGAACUUCUUGUCUGGUACUGCAAAGAAUUCGCCGAAAGACUUAAUUAUCCCUUGACUGGUGAACAAAUGCUACAAAGAAUUAGACAACAAGUACAGCAAUCUUCUGAAGUGAUAACUGUUAGUACGACUGAACCUCCUGCAAAAGACGGUCCCUACGAACACCAACUAACACCAACUGAUGGUAGUGUGAGAUCAGACGAAGGAUAUCAUAGUAAUGGCUAUCACGACGAUGCUUUCACACCACCUGAAGAUUCGAGUGAUUCAGAUAGUGAGAAUAAUUACGUUCUUGAUUUUAGCGCUUGCAGUAAAAAACCAAAUUCGAAAGAAACCGCGGUAAUAAAACCGGUUUCUCCCGAAACCCAAAAGAACGAAUACAGGAAAGUGAAAAUAAAAAUCUCGAAAGCUUACCACUACAAGUCGAAAGGAGUGGAAAGCGACCACGAAAUGGACAAGGAAUCCCACACUGACGCUGCAGUACCUGAAGUAACAACACUAACCCCGAGAAUAAUCACGCCCCCAAGUACAGUAAUUGUGAUUGAUUCUCCUCCACCUGAAGUUCCUAACAAUAAACCUUUCUACGAACCUGAAGUCAAGCCCCAGAAUGUUAUUUCGCGGUAUACGCCGCCCACUUCUAGCAUCCUUGAGAAUAUUUUGCUAAGGAAUCGAAUUGAUACCAAUAAUAACGACAACAAUCAGAGACAACCAAACGCAACCCCUCCUCCAAGCUCCCCCACCGAAAUGGCUUAUUCAUACAAGAAAAGUCACCGGUAUGGCACUGUCCCCUGCAGUCCAGACUCAAGUUCAAAUGUCCAAGUUCAAAACAUGCUCCCUCCUAGUCCCGCAAUGCUUAAGAACCACCCCCCAAGUCCCGUCCAGCCCUUGUACGUCCCCCACGACAACUACCCUAACCACAUGCAACCCUCCAACUACUACAACAUUUACCCUUCAAACGGCAUCCCCCAUAGUACUAUCACCUCCACCCCCACAACCACCUACUCGCCCCCAGCCACCCACCACCACAACGGUUCGAAUCUAAUGAUCCCAGCGUCCCACAUCAACCUCACCCACCACCUCCUCACACCCCUACCCCCACUGCAAACCAGCGGCAGGUCCUCCCCCUGCUCGCGGAGCCCCGAGGGCGGGUCCCCCGGUAGCCCCAACACCAACCAGAACCGCGGCUAUCGCAGCCUGCCCUACCCCCUGAAGAAGAAGGACGGGAAAAUGCACUACGAGUGCAACGUUUGUUGCAAAACCUUCGGCCAGUUGUCCAACUUGAAGGUCCAUUUAAGGACACACAGUGGCGAACGCCCCUUCAAGUGCAACGUCUGCACCAAGUCCUUCACGCAGUUGGCCCACCUCCAGAAGCACCACCUGGUGCACACUGGAGAAAGGCCACACGAGUGUGGCAUUUGUAAGAAGCGAUUCUCCUCCACGUCCAACCUUAAAACCCACUUGAGGCUACAUAGUGGCCAGAAACCCUACGCGUGCGAUUUCUGCCCCGCCAAGUUCACGCAGUUCGUCCACUUGAAGCUCCACAAGAGGCUGCAUACGAACGAACGGCCGUAUAUUUGUCAGGAGUGCGGGAAAAACUACAUCAGUGCGUCUGGCUUACGGACGCAUUGGAAGACGACGAGUUGUAGGCCGAACAAUAUUGAUGAGGAGUUGAACGGCGAAGGCUCGCCUAAUGGGUACUACGAGUACGCUGGGUCGGAUGGAAGUCUAGGAUCGAUAGAUAUGAACAAGGACAUGCAUGAGGAUUCGAAGGAGUUUCUGGAGGUGCAGCAGGCGCCGAUAGGGCACGCGGUGCUGCACCCCGGGCUGUCGAGGCCUCUGCCGCCGCAGCAGCGGCAGCCCCCGCAGCCCCCCAUCCACCCCGGGAAGGAGACGCGGCCGAGCGUGAUCGAGUCGUCCCAACCCCACAUAAUUGAAUGUACCUAAGAUGUAUUCCUGCUCAUGUAGUGUAGUUUUGUUAAGUUUUUUAAGGUUUAUUUAUUACUAGGCUAGUACUGAGGUAAUAAAGUGUGUUCACGAAGGACUGGACACGGCGUCGAAUAAAUAAGAAGUGUAAUUUUACUUUUCUAAAGAUACUCAUUGCGAUUUUGUUGAGAUAAUUUAUUGAUCUAUUUAUUGAUAGUUGUUUAAUGAAAGUAUUUUAUGGAAUUAACCGAAUUUUGACUUUAGACUGAUCACGUAUAAAGCAAUACUAUUUAUGACUUGCACGAAAUUGUCUAGACUUGUGUAUUUAUUUGUAUUUGAAUGUUUUAGGAGAACGUAGUCGUUUUUACGUUGUAGAUUUUGUAUUGAAUGUGUUUGCAGUUUAUAUACAUUAGCGUAUUCGACUUGGUACUUGAUUGGAUACUCGUCUUUAACUCCAUAUUGAGAAACUACAUCCCACGUUUCAGUUGACAAAUUCAUGACGGUUUUUUCGAUUUUCUGCAAGCGUAGUUGCUUGAUAUGCUGUUAAAUCCAUAACUUACUUAUGUUAGAAUAUAUCCAAAUAAGUAUAAACCAAAUAAGAUCAUCCUCUUCAUGUAUUACUACUAUUUAUACAUGUAAAGUUCAAUGUAUGUAAUUGCGUAAAUCUAAAUGGUGCUUGUGACUUGUUUAAUUUAAGUGUGUAUGAAAUUCCUGAAGCUUAGCAGUGGAAAUUAUUUGUCUGCUUGCACUAAAACAAAAAAUCAGUAUUAAGUUGAUUCGAAUCGUGGAUACUGUACAUCAUCGAUCAUUGUUUUUGUAAAAACAUAUUUUUGUAUAUUUCGUCUCUCACAUGUAUAUAAUUUCAAUUUUAGGUACCUACUUGAAAUUAAUGUAAAUUUUUGUAAAUUCGAUUGUGAAUAUUUUUAAAAUUAGCGACAAACUUGCCUUGUACAUAAAAAUUAUUUAUUCAUUUUUCACAAAUUGCAAAACCUUCAUUUACGUUUUUUCCGACAGUUUUGUUUUUUAAGUUAUUUGAGAUAACACACAAUAGUAUAAUACGAUUAUUAUUAAUGUAGUAUGUACUGUGUACAAUAAGAUUUGUUUUUUAUUGUUAUUUAGUUGUACUUUGUAAGUUAUUUAUUUCCUGUUUUUCAUAUCACUUGUUUGCAAAAUUUCGAACUGAAUAAAUAGCGGUGUUUGCAUCAUUGUCGAGGAAAAUUAGUUUAGGUGGGUACCUUCGUUUUUGUUAUUACAAAGGUAUGAUUUUAUAAACGUCUCAUCAUUUCAACCCUCUCUCAUUUCUCCCACAUUAUUUAAGUCGUAACGUGUUAGUCUUAGAAAUGUUCGCUAUUUAUUUGUCGUAGUUGUUUAAUUAUUCAUUUGGAACUGUUACAUUCAAAAUAUUUUGGUAUAUCUCGUGCAUGUAAAAAUGUUCAUAUGAGUAUUAAAACAUAAAACUUGA